CUCUUUCGAACAAUCCGGUUUUAGCUGUAAACAGUUCGGUUCAUUUGAUUCAUUCCGAACAGGAUCUGUAAAUAUUUCAAUGGAGUUUCGGUGCUUUGACUUAUUAAAACUCAGAAUUGAUUCCUAUUCCAUAUUCUGUGUAAAUAGAGAUACGACAGCGUGAGAAGGAAAUGAUUAUUAAUGAGUCGAAUCCACUGACUCACUGAAAAGAGUCGUUUGGUUUGAACAUUACAGCUGUGAAGACGGUUGUGUUUUUAAGGAAGAGAAAAGAAGACAUUGGACAGAUCUUGUUAUUCCGCUUCUUAUCUUUUUUUACCCCGUUUUAUAGAGAUUUGAUUCAGAAUUGAAGGGAAGAAGAAGAAGGAAAACUGCUCCAUGUUCCAUGCUGUGAGUCUGAAGAAGACCUGAAACUAAUAAACUACACUUCAGUUGAAGAUGUUCUCCAAAACCAGAGAGAAACUACAGGAGCAGCUGAGUGACUACAUCUUAGACACUCUCAAAUACACUGCAACUGUGAAGGAGUUUUGUGACAGAGAGUCCAAAUGGACCCUACAGAGAGAGACCGAGCUCGAAAUGAUGAGAGACAUCAAAGACCGGGCCGAUCAAAUCACUCUGAAGUUUGAGCAUGUUCAGAAGGCAGAGAACAAGACCAAAGCUUUUGGUGAAUACAUGCUAAGUAGCUUAACUCAGGUUACAGCAGAUUCCAAAAGGCAGGUGCUGGAGAAGGAGCUGGGAGAAGUUCUGAAGAACACAUUAGAAGGCCUGGAGAAACUUCAACACUUCCUGGUUGCAGUGGAGAAGCUCGCAGUCACGUCACUGUUCGUCUUCAUGCGCGAGAGCUUCAUGCCAAAGGGAGUGAGUUCCAUGUCCGUACGUUCAGUGAUCUCUGCCGCCAGAAUGGUGUCUCCUCUCCUCGUCUACUUCAAGAGAGACGAUGGAGCUUACUUCCUGCCGAGUCUCAGCAAUGUGGAAGUCCUGGCCUUCCAGCUGGACAAAUACAUCCGCGUCACUCAGCAGAUCUGUGAGAAGAUGGAGAAAAAAUCCAAGAGCAUUUCAUAUCAUGGAGAUGUUCCUGAAUGGAAAAAUGGGAAAAAUUCACUAAAGUUUGACUUGAUCAUGAGUGAGGAGUCACUGCAGAAACCGUGUGAUCAUUUACUCCAGCUCAUCAACAUCAGGAUGGACGAGUCGUUCAGGUUGACUUACCUGUUCGGUGUGAAUGCACAAGACUUCAUUAAGUUAUUUAGUGAGCGUCACAACAGAAUGCUUCAGUUCCUGUGUGAUUUAGAUGAAGCUGCAGUUCAGUUGAACAAGAUGAAGUUGGGCUCCAACAUCUCCACUGUGGCUGGAAGUUCAGUCGGUAUUGCAGGAGGUGUUUUGUCCAUCGUAGGUUUAGCUCUCGCUCCCGUUACUGCAGGCGUGUCUUUGGCUCUCACACUCACAGGUGUUGGUCUCGGAGUCACCAGCGGCGUUAAUGGCAUCGUUACAGGCAUCACUGAAAUGGCAGUCAACAAACAUCACGGAAACAACGCCAACAGCAUUUUCAUUAGAUUUAUGGAAGAUGUGCAGAAGAUCCAAGAUUGUGUGGAGGACGUGGCCAGCAGAGAGUCUCCUAUAGCAGAUGAUGUUUUAACAAAAGUUAAAGUUAUAAAAGUGGCUGCAUGUGCUGGAGCUGUAUGCAAAGGUAUUGAUGCCUUUGUGGAUGGAGCUUCAGCUGUAAAAGCUCUCAGCAGUGAGGAGAUUAUUGCAAAAGCAGUUAAUAUUGGCCUUCAGGAAGCUAAAGCAGGUCGGAAAAUUCCCCAGUUGGCUGCAGAUCUUCCAGACAUUGGGCAGCUGGCUAAAGGAACUCCUCUGGCCCUCUCCAACUCAGCCAGAGCAGGGUUCAUUGGCUUAAAUGUCUUAUUUAUUGGUCUGGACGUCCUGUUUAUCUGUAAAGACAGUAUCAGUCUGUCCAAAGGAAGUAAAAAUGAAUUGGCUCAGCUCAUUCACUCCAGAUCAGUUCUGUGGCGCUCAGAAGUGGAGGCGUGGAAGAAGAUCCAUGACCAUUUGUGUGAAGCAACGUCAUGUUUUUAUAACAAUCAGGAAAUUCUAGAGCAGCCUUUCCUUCCUUAACAUCACCCUGAAUUCACAAGCAGGAUGUUAAAGAUGCUUCAGACCUGUUUACUUUAUGUCGGGUUAAGAUUGUAAGCCAAUACAGAGAGUUUCUGUCUAAAAAAUGAUUCUGGUGCAGGGUUAAGAUUGUGGUGUUAAAUGUAGUCCACAGCUUUCAUUAUGUUUAUGUUUGAGACUUGUUUAUUUCCAUCUUUGUCAUGUUCAGAUUUCAUUUUGUUUAACUGCUGAAACUGGGAAUUAAAAUAUGGACAAUAACACUGAUUAUUUUAAUAUUUUAGAUGAUGACAAUCACAAGGUGUUGAUUAGUCCUUCAAAAUUACUCAAUUGCCCCUUUUACACCAAAAAGAACCGGGGGCUGGUUCAGAACUAGUCCUGGUGCUGGUUCAGAGUUGGUUCCACUGGUGAACCUUCUAAGAACCGGUUCACCUUUCCAUCGGUUAGAGAGCGUCACAGAGCCGAGUGUGACGUCACUGUAUACGUGUCACGUUAUCGCAGCAGUGACAAACACAAACACAACAACAACAAUGGUGGAUGUUGUUUUACUGUUAAUGCUCAUGGCUUUGUGAACCUACAUUAACACACAAACGGAGCGAAUCCAACGUGUACGUGCAGCUCCAUGUAAUCUGUAUAAACGGAGGUUGUUAUGGAGAAAGUACAUAACGUUAUUUUAUCAUUAACACAGAAAAAAGUUAGCAUUAGCAUGUAGCUACUUACUAUCAUGUGUGCUGAUAAUGUAUCAUAUCACGGUAAAGUAAAAGUGUAUUAAACAUUAGUAUACUUAAGGUACAUUAUCAAAAGUGGUAACAGUAGCCCCGCCCACAGCCCCGCCCACAGCCCCGCCCACAAGCUGUUCUUAAGUCUAGACCAGCGAUGUUUUGGUGCUACUUAAGAACCACUUUUCCUGGUUCAGAGCCGGUGCUUUGGCUGUCGGAAAAGAAAGAACUGGUUCUAAAUUAGGCUCCGAACCAGCACUCAAACUGCCUCGGGGGUAAAGGGGCAAUUGAUAUUUCUGUGUUUAUGUCCUUUAUAUCUGCAAGCAGUGUGGAAUAAAACUGUAAACAAAGUUAAAGGUGGGGUCUCCGAUAUUUGAGAAAUGCUUCAGAAAACAAGCUAAACAAAAAUCAAAACAAACGUGAGCAGAAAGGGGUGGGGCUUGUCAAUAUGGGCGGAGAGAGUGUUCAGUGCGCAUGUGUGACAUUAACAGAAAGCGGUUUUAACAUUGACAUGGAGGAUAAAAACAAAGAAAGAAAGAGAAGAAAGACUUACGAUAAGGUAAGAAGUAGGACGUGUUAAUAUAGGAUCAGCUUUCCAGCGCUGGAGAGAACUGAAGGAGCAGGAAGUUGGUCACAUAUUCACAGAUUGGAGUUUCCUGAGUCAAUAACUCCUGAGCUAAACGCUGUUACUACACAAAUAACACCUCUUUUCUAUCGUAGUAAUGUAGAGACGCAGCUACAACCGUGUUUUGUGUAGUAACAGUGUUUAGCUCAGGAGUUAUUGACUCGGGAAACUCCAAUCUGUGAAUAUGUGACCAACUUUACUUAAGACAUUUGUUAAAUGUAGUCCACAGCUUUCUAUUAUGUUUGAGACUUGUUUAUUUCCAUCUUUGUCAUGUUCAGAUUUCAUUUUGUUUAACUGCUGAAACUGGGAAUUAAAAUAUGGACAAUAACACUGAUUAUUUUAAUAUUUAGGAUGAUGACAAUCACAAGGUGUUGAUUAGUCCUUCAAAAUUACUCUUUGAUAUUUCUGUGUUUAUGUCCUUUAUAUCUGGAAGCAGUGUGGAAUAAAACUGUAAACAAAGUUAAGUAAUCACACAGGAAGCUCGUUCUCCUGUCAAUCAAACGCUUCACUCACUCAUUUGUGUCUUUAUGUGGUUAACUCUUAACUGUUUGUAGACUGUAAACUUCUGAAUGUAAUAAAGGACAGUUUAUGGUGCA